AUGAGAACGCUCGGGGAAGUAUUUAUUCUUUUUGUCUGUUUAAUAUUAUCAAGAUACAAUGCUGUAACUGCUGUCACCUUUGUUGAGAAUGGAAAUGAUUUGACUUUAAAUCCAAAUAUACAAGGAAAGCCUGAAGACAUUUUGUGGACAUUCAAUGGAAACAAGGUGGCUGAACAUGAUUUGACUGAAUUUCAAGAGUUUGGACAAUUCAAAGGAAGAUCGUGGAUUGAAAUCACUACUGGGCAGCUCACUUUUCGAAACAUGACCAGCCAGGACAGUGAUAUUUAUACGUCUGCAAUACAGGUCGAUGGAAAGCAGCAAAAUUCUGAAAAUGAAGUUCAAGUUAUUGAUGCUGUGCAGGAGCCAAUUGUGACCUGUAAACUGAACAUGAUUACGGAAUCAAAAACACUGUUCUGUUCAGCUUCAUCUAAGUUCCAAAUAUCCUUUGAAUGGACUGGAUCAAAUUCUAUACAACACUCUGGCCAAGAGCUUCAUAUCAGCAAGGAGGAGAAGCCUGGUUCAGUCUCUACUUGCGCUGUGAAAAAUGAACUGCGGAAGUACAGUGUUACUGAUGAAGUUGGGUUAUGA